AUGGGAAGGGUGACCAAAAUAGAUAGGAAGCUGAGGAGAUACUUGUUUGAGAUUGGUUAUCAUAAAUGGACACGGAUACAUGCAACAGUAAAAAGAACAUGGACACAGACUUCAAACAUAGCUGAAUCUAUAAACAAUGCUACAGUAAAUGCUAGGGAAUUGCCGGUGGCAAAAUUAUUGGAUUUCAUGAGGGAACUGGUUGAAAGAUGGAAUGCGACGCACAAUGAAGAAGCAAAGAAUACAUUCACAGAUCUUACUAAAAAGUAUCAAGAAAUUAUCAACAAGAAUGGGGUAUUAUCACACCGUAUGACUGUACGAGCUUCCACUGAAUUUCUACAUAUAGUGAUUGAUGGUGUUAAGAGGUUCACAGUGUGUCUUCGAGCUAGGACGUGUACUUGUGGAAGAUUUCAACUGGAUGAGAUACCUUGUGGGCAUGCUAUGGCUGCUAUAGUGUAUAGGCACCAACAUGGAGCGGAAUAUACCUCUGCCUACUACAGCAAUAAGAAUUUCCUCGAUACAUAUGCAAUACCAGUUGUGCCUCUUCCAUGUGAAAGUACAUGGGAUAUACCGAGGCAUGUAAAAGAAGAGAUUGUGUUGCCACCAGAUGGUAAAAGACCACCAGGAGGCCGGCUACCAAACGAAUGA